AUGCUUCUGCUGUUGUAUUGCGCACUGUUUCUCUCCGGGCACCUACCAACAGCGUCUUCGGUCCAUUGGGGCUUAGGCUACAACCGCCAAUCUCCUCUACAAGUCCCCAACCCAACUGGUCCGCAGGAAGUCUUCCAGGUGUAUCAUCCGGUAUCCUUCACGUCCAAGGAAAGCCAUGGCUGCAAUACUGAGAUAUUGCUUAUGGAACAUGUCUUUGGUGCAAGUUAUGGGAAGCCUUUCGUAGGCAAUUACCAGCCACCAGGUUGCGAAUUUGACACUGUCGGGAUCAACUUGACGGUCACUUCUCGCGGGCGGCAGUUUGACCGACUAGCGCUCAUGUAUCUCGGAGACACUGAAGUAUUCCGGACUUCGACGGCCGAGCCCAUGGCGGAGGGGAUUGAGCCACAGAAGCUGAUUUUUGAUCUGGGCAACCUCAUCAGUGACAUUUAUACCGGCUCAUUCAAUGUUACGCUGACAGCGCAUUUUUCCUACCAAGAGAAUGCGAGGACUGCCGAUAUAAUCCUGCCAAUUUCUGCAGCGAACUCGCUGUCAAAUUCACCAAGCGCCUUUCAUGUCCCUGGUGACAACACCACCGUUCAACACAGAAUCCCGGCUGCAGUCUCUCGAGCCAUCGUUUCCAUCUCCGCAUGGGGACAGUCUCAGGAAGAAUUUUGGUGGUCGAAUGGUUUUUCUCCUGACACCGAAGAUUUUAAGAGCACGGUGGGUGAGCUUUCUGGGUUCUCACCCUUUCGGGAAAUCCAGCUCUACAUUGAUGGAAUCCUUGCCGGGGUGAUCUGGCCAUUCCCUGUCAUCUUCACGGGGGGUGUAGCCCCGGGUUUCUGGCGUCCCAUCGUUGGUAUUGACUCCUUUGAUCUUCGCCAACCCGAAAUCGAUAUUUCCCCGUUCCUUCCGCUGCUCCAGGAUGGCCAGGAACAUUCUUUCGAGAUUCAUGUAAGGGGUUUGGACAUCACUGCAGGUGGAAUAGCUACCCUGUCCGAUGCUGUGGGGUCGUAUUGGGUUAUUACAGGCAAUAUAUUCUUGUUUAUCGACGACAAGGAUUCACCUGCACCACUUGUCAUGAACCGGGAAAGCGAGGCUCCUCGGGUGAAUGCGCCGACGCCCAGGUUCACCAUAACUCGAAGCCUGGUCCAGAAUCAAACUGGAGGGAAUGAAUCUCUGGCGUACUGUGUUGUUGCCGAAAGGUCUUUCAGUGCAUCUUCACCGCGCCUCUCGUGGUCUCAGACAUUGUCAUUCGCCAACCACGGUAUCUUCAAUCAGCAAGGAUGUAGCCAAGUCAACCAGCAACACACAUCCGGGAAUUUCAGCACCGUCGAACUUGAGGACAAUUCCAUAUCAACCAGCACUUUGUUUGAAUACCCGCUGGUUGUCAGCUCAACAUAUGGCACGACUGGAAACGAAUUGACCAUUGAUGCCUGGAUGGAAAGAGGACUCUAUAUCGAGGCAACAGGGGGUCCUGGUAUCUCCACAUACACUUUGACCUCUGGGCCAUCACAGCUCCGCUCGAGUCAGUCCGGAACAGCGCACUAUCAGUCAGUCAACGGCGGAAACUCAAGCUCGCAGGGUGAUACUAUGCAUGAUUUCGAGAGUCUCAGAAAUGGGAAGUUGUAUAAACGGUCUGUUCGAGCAGUCAAUGGUGGCAUGGCAUACGACAGUGAUCCCAACAGCAAGACUAUGGGAUCACCCUCUCAUGGCCUGGAUGGCUUGGGACGAGAUAGCGUGAGAAGCAUGUUGGGUCGAGGACCGCGGCAUCUCAGCUAA